UAACGAUCAGGGGAUUGUAAUUUAAAACAGUAAAAGUGAACUGUCAUUACAUAGCUGAAGGAUGGCUGGUAAUACAAAAUCUGUGUUUGGUUUCGAAUUGUUACAAAAAUUGGUUGACAAUGAUAUUUGUAAAAAGGAAGAUGUUAUUAUUUUAUUCGUACACUGGUAUAUCAUAAAAUGUGGCUUUAAAUGUUUGGGUUAUGGAGAUUCCAAAUUAUUUGAUCCGUCUGAAAGUGGUUCAGAAUUGCUUCCAGAGAGAUGGAAUAGAGGACCUAACUAUACGUUACGUUACUUGAUAGAUGGCAAAUUAUUUCUUUUGUAUGGAAUAAAAUCUGAUGAAGAUAUACUCAUUAAUUUAUUGAGAAUAGAUAAUAACAAUAUAGCAAAUGUACAAUUUCCUAUAGCACAAACUGUCGAUGAGCUUCAUGGUCCUUUAGAAGCGUUAAUACCUUCGUAUCUAGCAGUUAUGCAUACGGUUCGUAAAGAACUUUUGGAACCUAUAUUUCCUAUCGAUAGCGUAGACACAUCUACGCAAACGUCAACUUCUGAACGCCAACCUAGAGACGUUCCGCCAGAACCAUUAAGGGUUGAUCCACCUCAAAGACCUUUGAGCGUUUCGCAACCUUGGAAUCCUGAGGCAGACAUAAGAAGGGUAGGUUCAGCAGAUUUAGAUCCGCUUGGAAGAGGUAGAGGUGGCGGAAUGAUAUACGAUCCAUUUUCUCGUGUACCAUGGAUUAUGGAUCCAAGAGGAAUCGGUGGUUUAGGAGUACCUGGGAGAUUACCACACGGAGCUGUCCCACCUGGAGCAAGAUUUGAUAUUUUCGGACCACCCGAUUUAAACGUAGUACCACGGCGACCACAAAAUCCUGACAACGACGAAUUGCCGCCUCCAGGAUACAAUGAUAUGUUUAUGUAAAAAAAAGGAAACCAAGUAUAAAAUUAUAUUAAUCGAAAGUUUUGUUGAAUGUUAUUCCGUUUUUUCAUUAAAUAAUGUCUUAUAAUAUCUUUAUAUCCGUCAAUUCGUAUACUUUUGUUAAUAAUAAUGACAAGUGAUGCAAAUAUAUUAUUUUAGAAUGUUGAUUGUAAACUA